AUGUCACUACCCCAACCUCUCGGUACUCCUGAACUAUACCACUUACGCUCCACCCUCGGCGUCACCGAACCCAUUCUCUACGCCUCCAUCGGUUUCCCUCCUUCCGAAAGCCCGAGCUGGUUCACUCUCCACCAAGAAAACGUUUCUUUACGCCUCCGCAAGAUCCUAUCACUCCCUUCGAGGCUUCUGAUGGCCGUCGUCACAGUCGGAUCAGAUAUGUACGUACUCGGCGGAAGCGUCAGUGGGAAACCCACGUCGGACGUGAAUCUCAUUGACUGCAGAUUCCACACGAGUCGCUCUCUCCCGAGCAUGAAAAGAACUCGCAGCCGCGCCGUCGCCGGAGCCAUCGACGGGAAUAUAUACGUUAUCGGAGGUUGUACUAAAAAUUCUGACGAUUGGGCCGAAGCCUUUGAUGUUAAGACUCAGACUUGGCGUGGAAUGCCUGGUGUGUUGCCACGUGCUCAUUGGGAAGGACUGUUCGUGACAAGUGCUGUGAUGGACGACAAGAUUUUCGUUUUGGAACCGUAUACUACUUGUUUGGUUUUCGAUCCCAAAGUAGGUGCUUUGGUUCAAUGGGACGAUGGAGGUGAGCUUAAGAAACUGUGGCAAGCUUCCUCCUGUGUCGUUGAUGAUAUGCUGUAUACAAUUGAUCUUGGGCGGUCUCUUAAGCAUCCCAUUAUUGUGUAUGAUCCAAAGGCAAAGGAGAAGAGGUGGAGACCUGUUUAUGGUGUAAAUUUGAGUAGGGAUUUGCGUCCUCUUGUCGCCUAUUAUGACUCUAAAAUGGCAAAUCUUGGUGGGAAGUUGUUGAUUCUGGUUGGUAGUAUCGCCAUGCCUUUUUCUCAUUGCGAGAGUGAACAGGUUUGGUGCGUAAAGAUUGCUUUGGAAAGACGCGGAGAUGAGAUUUUCGGGCAUGUUGAAUCAACUGAGGUGGUGCUUAAAUCAAACAAAUGUCCUUCCAUUGAGCUUUCUCGAACUGUUACUCUUUGA